CAACAACGGCUACAAAACAAGCCAGCCAGUGACAGACAUGAAGCGUUUGUUUGUGUUUGUGUUUGGGCUUGUGUUGAGUGCGGUGGUGGGUGUGACUGCCACUGCGACCGGCACAUCUGCUCGUGGAUCUGCGUGCCAGCCGCCGUCUCUGACGGGUGAUGGCAGUGGGAGUACGAGCAGCGCAACGCUCCAUGUGAACGAGCUCCGCUCCAGCUCUGCACCUGCGGUUGUGGAUGUGAGCGAGUACGUGACGCUGGCAUGGGAGCGGGCGCAUUCUACACCCACCGAGACGCAGCAAGCUUACUGGAUCUCGAUUACCGACAGCCAGGGCCGCAGCGUGGCCUGUGUGCAGCAGCACAACACUUCUACUCCCCACCACGUCUUGGAGCCGCGCACUUUUGAGCACGGCGAGCACACGGCCACCCUGCGCUGGCAGGAUUCCAAGGGACAGUGGAGCUUGCCUGCCACCGCCACCUUUGAAGUGGCCGAUCCAAACUGGGGCGGAUCGCAGUGGAUCGGUGACGGCCGCCGCUUCCACGCCGAGGUCACGCUGUCUGCUGCACCGGAAACGGCCAAGCUGUACAUCUCCGGUAUUGGGUUCUACAAGCUCUACAUCAAUGGUGUUGACAUUGACACCGGGGCUGUGCUGAAUGGUGCGUGGAGCGUGUGGAAUGCCCGCGUGCUGUUUGAUUCUAUCAACGUCGCUCCAUAUCUGAAGAGCGGCACCAACGCAAUCGGCGUGAUGCUUGGCGGCGGCUGGCGCAAUACGACCCAGUUCCCACCCCAGUCGCACAAGUCAUCGUGCGACGCACACAACCGCCUGCUGCGUGCUGUCCUUGAGGUGAACGGCAGCCCCGUGCUGAGGACGAACACGACGUGGAUGAUGAGCAGCACUGCGCCCAUCACCGAUGACUCCAUCUACAAUGGCGAGACAUACGAUGCACGGCUGGAGAGCGACAAGUGGAAGCUGCCACACUUCACCCCAUCUCCAUCCUCAGACUGGACGCACGCCACGCAAUAUGACAGCUGCUUCUCGCCAACGAUGACGGCGCGGUCCUUUCCUCCGAUCAAAGUGCAGGAGGUGCGCCCGCCAGUCAACAUCAACAAGCUCACCGCCUGUCCACAAGCAAAGGUUGGCGGGCUGGCUGCGGAGAACACAGACCUCGUGCUGACAUGCGCCAGCGGAACGAUCAGCGGCAUUGAGUUUGCGAGCUUCGGUACGCCGACGGGCAGCUGUGGAAACUUCAGCAAGGGCUCCUGUGAUGCUGCCAGCACAAUGAAGAUUGUGCAGAGCAUGUGCGUUGGCAAGUCGUCGUGCACCAUCCCCGCCACCGACACCACUUUUGGAGACCCGUGCUACGGCACCGCCAAGGUGUUGGCCGUGCAGGCGACCGGGUGCUCCGCCUCUCCAUACUUCGUCGUCGACUUUGGCGAAAACCUGAGCGGCCUGACGCGCAUCAGCGUGCGCGGGAGUGCUGGGACGGUGGUGACGCUGCGGCACGCGGAGGUCUUGCAGCACCCGCCAUAUGGGCCUGCCGACGGAAACAUCUACACGGGCAAUCUGCGGACAGCGAAAGCGACGGACACGUACAUUCUUCGCGGGGACGCGGAUGGCGAAGAGUACAUUCCAUCCUUCACGUAUCAUGGGUUCCGCUAUGUUGAAGUGCGCGGAUACCCUGGCGAACUCAAGAGCGAAAACAUUUCACAGCUCCACUUUCGAACAGACAACCAGCUUAUUUCGUCCUUCAAGUCUUCAUCGAAGGUUCUGAAUGCCAUUCAGUACGGCGCGUAUCGCGGGCAAGGCAGCAAUAUGAUGUCUGUGCCAACAGAUUGCGACCAGCGUGACGAGCGUCUUGGAUGGAUGGGAGAUGCAUCGCUCUCCGCGGAUUCGUUUGCACUGAACUACGCCUCCAAGACGUUCAUGUCCAGUUUUGUUCGCAGCAUUGUCGACGACCAAGACCCGGCCUCUGGCUCGCUGCCGGAUGUUGUUCCGUAUCAGCGGUACGGCGGGCAGCCGGCAGACCCGUCGUGGAGUGCAGCGUUUCCGCAGAACGUGUGGGUGCGGUACAAGCAUGGUGGAGACACAACCAUGGCCAAGCAGUGGUGGCAUCAGUUGGGAUUUUACGUCGCAAACUUGGAGGCGCAGGUUGCUGCCGCAAAGGGAUUCAGCAACUGGAAACCGCCAUACGGCGACUGGGUGCCUGCUGGCAAGAAGGUGGACGGACAAGUGUGCAGUGCCUUCAGCUUCAUUAUGGCCGCGCAGCAAAUGUCCGAGCUCGCAGCUGCAAUUGGAAACACAACGGCUGCGCACGACUACGCGUCGCUUGCAGAUUCUCUCCGGCAGAAGUACAGAGCCGCGUUCUAUCACAGCUCCACCAACUGCUUUGACGAUUGCGGGCAGACUGCGACUGCGCUGUCGCUGUUCGUGGGCGCUGUGCCCUCUGAUCACGUCAACGCGUCUGUUGCAUCGCUGCUCACCGACAUCGAGAAGCAGAACAACAACCACGUCACGGUUGGUAUCAUUGGAGCAAAAGCGCUGUUCCCGGUGCUGUCGGAAUACGGUGCUCAGAAGCAAGCAGUCGCGCUGGCAGAGCAGACGUCCCAGCCGUCAUGGGGCUACAUGUUCUUCAACACCAUUGAGCCCGCCACUUCGUCCGUGUGGGAGCUGUGGGACAGCCCAACACAGGGCCCAGGCAUGAACAGCAGGAACCACCACAUGUUCUCGUCCAUCUCGGGCUGGCUGAUCACGUAUGUGGGCGGUUUGCGUCAUGUUGCGUGCGGGUCCACGCUGCUGAUGGCGCCUGCAUUCCACGGGCUGUCCUCCACGUCCGUGUCCCUCAACACGACGUGCGGCCGCGUGGCGGUCUCACACGUGCAAAUUGGCGGAACACACAGAGCAUCUGUUCCCCGCGACCCAACGAGCACCUCAUCACUAUCAUCAUCUCCCGCCGUGCUGUCGUGUGGCGGGGAUGGCGGUGGCGUGAUUGCAUCCGUUUCCAACGCGGCGGUGACACGUGGGCCCAACGCAACGUGUGCAGUUGACAUCACAGCCAUCGUCGCUCGCCAAUGUGCAGGCGCGCAGGAGUGUGAACUUGAUUGGACGUCGCUACCGCCUGCUUGCGAUGGCGACACGACCGCACCCUCGCAUGUGCCGCACCUUCACACGACGUUUACGUGCAGCGUUCCUGCGCGCCACACGGUCACGGCUGUUGUUCCUGUGGGCGAGAGGGCUCAGCUCUUCCUGCCCACCACUGUUGGCACAGCCAUCCGAACCCCACACGCUGCAACUUCGCUUGAGCUGACGACGUUUGAUGGCGUGCCCGCUUACACGGCCGUACUGCCUGGCGGUGUACACACGUGGACGUUCAGCGAGUGAUUGUCACGUACGCACUUGCACACAUGCUCUCCCUUCAUUGGUGAUGUGCCCAUGAUGGCGAUGACACUGUUGCUUCCGUCCCGACUGUGCAACCCGCACAUGCACUGUUCACUCAGUUCAUCCUUCUUUUGUUGGUGUUGUUUGUCAUUUCUUGCCCGCGUUCAUCACCGCUUCUUGUGUUUCGACAAGUGCCGUGCCAGAUUCCACUUGCUUUGGUACUGCUCCUCACUUGUUCGUGCGUCGCUGUGUUUCAUGUUACAGUCCAUGCCACAUUGCCCCACACCCAACAUAUCCACACCAUUGGCUUCUUUCCCACGCUGCCACACUGCAGUUGCGUUUUCUUCUUCUGUGUUGUGAGAGCUGUUUGUCUGAAGGUUGAGGGUGCGGCUUUUCAUUGUGUUGGACCCAAGCAAACAAUACUGAAGCUGAUCACAACCACAA